AUGAGCUUGAAUGCAAUAGUAUCCUGCCAAGAACAUUACGCACAAAAAUACAAGACCAUCAUUAAGCAUGAAGAACCGAAGAAAAUAGAAGUGCACCAGUCCCUACCUAUUCACAUCGGCCAAUACCAUUCUCUACCGAUCCAAACCAUCCAAGGAGUUCAUUCAGCAUCACAGACCCAUUCUGAUGUCCAUCACGCCAUGUCAUCCCAGAGUAUCGUUCGUCACGAGACCAAGCAUCAGGAGAUUCCCCAACACCCCUUCAUUCCUUCUUAUCCGGCUUCAGUUCAAAAGGCCGUAGCAAUCCAUGCUGCGCCUAUCAUCAAGCAUGAACCUAUACAUUAUGAACAAUCUCACAAGGAGGAAUCAUACCAUGAAGAUUAUUAUGCGUAUCCAAAAUAUGCCUUCGAAUACUCAGUGGAGGACCAUCAUACCGGAGACCACAAGACCCAGCACGAGAUCCGUGAUGGUGACGUCGUAAAAGGCUUUUACUCUCUGUAUGAACCUGAUGGUUCUAUCCGCUCCGUUGAAUACGCUUCAGACAAAAAGUCCGGAUUCAUUGCUAACGUCAAGACGUCAACGAAACAUGCUCAGCCAGAAUAUCAUCACCACCAUUAA